AUGAAAGGACGAAAAGAGUCGAGAAAUGUGUUAGCUUCUUAUGGACAAGUAUCACAAUCAUAUCUGUCGAUUCGUUACGGAAUACUAUAUGUGACACCUUGGUCAUGGCGUUGUAAAUUAUAUUGCAAUGGUGCAAACUGCAAGUACUGUUCAUGGAAAUCAUGGUCGCUGAAAGAACAAGCUAUUCGAGGAUUAUAUUCCUCAUGGAUUACUCGAAACAUUGUGGCAAUGUCUCGACCAACUGUUAAAACAUUUACUGAUGACAAUCUCAUUGCACAAUUCCAAAAAGCAAACAUUUGCGCAGUUAUCAAUCUUCAAAUGCUUGGCGAACAUGAUUCCUGUGGACCGGAGCUACUACCUUCUGGUUUCACAUAUAAUCCGGAAAUACUGAUGCAGAAUGGAAUACAGUUUUAUAAUUUCGUUUGGCCAGAUUUUGGAGCUCUUGGAAUUGACAUUCUUUUGGAUAUUGUAAAAGUUGUUCACUGCUCUCUGAGACAAGGAAAGGUAGCUAUACAUUGUCAUGCAGGACUUGGCCGUACAGGUGUUGUUAUUGCUGCUUAUAUGAUUUGGGCCGAACAUUUCACAUACACAGAAGCCAUCAGUCGUGUUAGGACUGCAAGGCCAAAUUCGGUGCAGAGCAGAAAGCAAAUUAGGAUGGUAAAAGACUUUGGAAUGUUUUUGGAGAAACAUGGUGCAGCUUUGCCACAUGAAGCAGGAAUGGUACACUUAAAUGAUUACAUGCACAUGCAGGUGAAAAUUCUCUCUAGCAGUCAAGCCCGGAAAUAUCAUCAUAUUCCUAAGGUGUUGCAUGCAGCGAUGGAAGAACUGCUGCUUGUUGUUCAUGGUGAACUUGAUGGUAGGACACGACAAUGGAUUACAAACGUCCUAAAAUGCACAUCAAAGAUUGAUCGAGAAUUUUUGGAAAGAUGGCCAGCACGAUUGCCAAUACCAUCGAAAGUGAAAUCACAAGAAAUUGACAUUUGUAUAUGCGGAGUAAUGGAGAAUUGCGGUGAAAUUUUGGAUUCUAGUUGUAAAGAUGCAAAAAUAAUCAAAAACGGUGCAUUCCAAAUGAAUAACUGCACGAAAUUCAUACGUAACAAUUUCCGAGGCAACAUGCUUCUGUUACUGCGAACGUUAGAUCAGCUGAUGAAUUCAUUCAUUAAACCAAUUAUCCCGAAAGAAGAAAUACUUGGUGACCUUCGACGAAACAAUCAGCAUGCAGACUGGCAAUGUUUGAAUCGUUACCUUCUGAUCACGAUGGCAUCAUUAAGCAGCGGGAAUUAUAUGAACAUUGCAAAACUUAUUAGCCGUUGGUACCUGGGCGAAUCAGCUAAUGAUGAUAAUAAGAUUACUGUCACUCUGCAAAACCAACUUCAACGAGCUUGA